AUGCCAAUCUACAUCCCUCUGGCUCCUCCCGGACACCAAACCGAGUUCAACUACAACUACAACUACGGCUACAACACAAUGCAGUGGAGAAGCCCGGGACAGACACCACGAGUCGCUGGCUACGACACCGACGACGAGGAAGAAGUUGUUUACGAUCUUGAUGAGCAUGCCAUGGCCUGCCUACCACAUCACCUGCAGCAGGUAAUGCGAGAGCUUCACAUGGAGCGGCUGGAACGUCUGCAGCGCGAGAACCCUUACUUCAAAUUCCGCAGCCCAGUGUCUUACAAUUGCAACAGACAUGCUUCUGCAUGGCUCGAUAGCGUGGUCUCGCAACUCGUUGAGAGGCGGUCAACGCACAGACCAGGACAUCACCAAGUUGGAGAGACACCAAAUGUACGUCUUCAACAGAUGGGCUGCGGUGAAAACCAAAGACAAGCUACGGCAGAACCUCAACAUACACUCGGCGAUAUAGUCAACCAGGCACAAUCCGCGUCCAGAACUCCGGGAUCAGACCUCACCUAUCAUCAGGAGGAGAUAGUUGCAGGCGUAGGUGUCGAAACGGAACACGACUCAUCUCCGAUCCAGGAGUACUUCGGGGAGCGGGAUGAUAAGACUCGAACUCACAUCAGAUAUGCAACUUGGUACGGAGGUCAGCCCUUGGACGAAAGGUCGGGUAGUCCCGAGGUUCGCAGGAGACGAUCACCAGUCAUCUUGGAAAUGCGAAGUCGACUUCAGAAGAAGAUUGGGAGGAUGAGCAGAUUCUUCAAGAGAUAUUCCAUUGCGUGA